AGUAAUACAUGGCAACAAACCACACAACAAAAGGAAGGGGAGCUUGUACGCACAUUAUAUUUGUGCUGUCUAUAACCCUUUAAAUGAACAGAGAAGUGCCUUUUGUUGGUCUUACUUGUCUCGACAGAAGUGUUUUAAGCGUCAAGACAAACAUGGAGCUAUAAAGUAAAAAGUUUGGUCAGCACUGACAAGAUUGUUUGAGCCCUUCCCGGGGCCCAUUGGGCCCAGGAAGAGGAUGCAACGAGGUGGGGAUAAGGAUUUCCAGUUAUCGGCACGAAAGAUGGGGACAUCCCUGCUUUUCCAGUUGUCAGCUCAUGAGAGAGAGCUGGAUUUGGUUUUUCUGGACCACAGCUAUGCCAAGCCAUGGAACGCCCACCCAGAUGCCAGCAGCGCCCGUCCCACAAGGACGCUGUUUGUUACCCCUCGUCGCCAGCCUGAAGCCUUAUUAGACAGUGAUUCUGUCAUAGAUGUGGAAACAGUCACCCCGAUACCUGUUCCUCUGUAUGAUAACCAGAAAGCUUUAAGUGUGAUGAAGGAGUGUGAGCGACAUGUUCUGUUUGCUCGAACAGUUGCUGAGAGUCCUCCUCCACCAGAGGACUGGGAGGAACAUAUAAACAAGAUGGGAUGGUCAGUGGCCCAGAACAAACUGUUCAAUAAAGUACUUAAAGCUCUGCAAGGUGAAAGACUAGCCCGUUUGGCCAACGAACAUGCUUCCAAUGAGCCAAUCUUGCGGAGGAUAGCUGUUGACAAGUGUGCAAGGAAGGUCCGCCAUGCCUUAGCUAGUGUGAACUGGGACACCAAAUUGACGCAGUGGUUACACAACAUUAUGAUUGAAUCCUUAAGCCUUGCUAUGCUAGCUGCAUACCUGGAUGUGUUGCAGACUCUCAAAAGCAAGUUGCCCUUACUGAUCGACAGAAUGCUUCUAACGACGACAAAGACUGGAGCGCCGAGUGCAGAGGCCCUGUCACUACUACUGAAACGACCCUGGGACCCCGCUGUAGGAGUCCUGUCCCAGAAUAAACCAUGCAAGCUUCCUGGAUCACCACUCAUCCUAAUAGCGCCAUCAAGCCCCACCAAUCCGGCCCUCUCUACUUCACGGCGAAUGAGAUUCUGGCAGUCGCAGCUCUCUUGUUUGGGAAAGGUCAUCCCAGUGCACAGUCACGUGAACAGCGGAGCAAACAUUGGCAUCACUCAGUGCUUAGAGCACAUGUUGGGCACUGUGAGGGCAAAGGUCAUGGAGGUGCACAGUCACUUCCCCCACAAACCCAUUAUCCUCGUUGGCUGGAACACAGGCGCUCUCAUUGCUUGUCACGUAUCUCUUAUGGAGUAUCUGACAGCUGUGGUAUGUCUCGGCUUACCCCUUCUGACAGUCAACGGGCCAAGAGGGGAUGUGGACGACCCCCUGCUUGACAUGAAGACCCCAGUCCUGUUUGUGGUCGGCCAGAACGCUCUGCAGUGUAGCAUCGAAGGCAUGGAGGAGUUCAGAGAGAAGCUGCGGGCAGACAACAGCAUGGUGUUGGUGGGAGGAGCAGACGACAACCUCAGAAUCAAUUCAGCCAAGAUGAAAUCAGAGGGACUAACACAGACCAUGGUGGAUCGCUGUGUUCAGGAUGAGAUAGCUGACUUCUUGUCAGGUGUCCUCACACGAGCAGAGGGGCACAGUCAUGGCUCAGGUGAGAUGAGGGACAUGGACACAGAGAAGAAGAAAAGGCCUCGACGUGAACUUCCCUUUGACAUGGAGCGAGGACGACCUUCAUCCCCUGCUCUUAGAGUUCCCAUCUCACCUUCAGGCUCUGAGGAUCUGUCUAGUGUCUGCAGCAGUCCCACUUCAAGUCCCAAACCUAAGACAUCUGGUCUGUCACCAGCACAGAAGUCCAGCCUGAUCACAGCAACACAGCUCCUCAAGACACACAUGCAGCGCUCGGGCACAGUACUCACCCACAAACAGGCUCAAGCUCAGUUUGCUGCUUUUAUGAAACAAAACAUGCUUGUGAGGAAAAAUCUUCCUCCUGGCACACCUCCUUGUAUUUUUGUGCCAGUGACCAGUGAUCAGAUGGAAGGCCUGGACAGAGAUGAAGUGAGAUCGCAUGGCAAGAGGAGGCAGAUGCCUAGUCCCACUCCAAGCAAAGUCUCAAAGAGAGCAAAGAUCAAGGUCACCAUUGUUUCCCAAAGUGAGUCAGCAGGGGGCACCAUCAGCCCGGCUACACAGGAAGUGGGUGUUUCUGGGAAGCCCUUAACAGUGACUGUUGGACAGACUGUUGCUGGAGCCAAGGAGCUCUCUGGACUUCUCACAAGCCAACGGUCUGGUAGUGUCUCAGAGGUGUCUGGUGCCCUGUCCCCAGGCUCCAACUCAUUCAGCAGCAGCGUGCAGCCUUGCAUGGUGUCAGGGUCGUCCACAACAGCCCAGGCGCAAGCUCCGGCUACUGCCCAAGCGGCUUCCGCCAGCAGUCUACUUCAAGGUCUAAGUUUCACUCUUCAGGAGAUCGUCACCAAAGCUCCUAGCCUGCCCUCUGCAGCAGCAAACACAGGCAGCACCCAGGCGGUCUGUGGGAAGCCUCAGAGUCAGGUCCUGGGCUCGGUCUGUACCAGCAGUGGAACUCUGCUCCGGACGGUGCCUGUGGUCACCACAGGAGGAGUGGCUAAAAACACCGCCAUCCACCAGCUGCUCACCAACGGUGGGCUGGCCAAACUUGCCAGCAGCUUACCCGGCUUGGCGCACAUCACCAAUCAGACUGCCGGUAUGUCUCGCGCUGCCAAAACAAAACGGCCACGCUGAAAGCCCAGGGUUCACUCAUCCUUUGUUUUGGUAACAGUAGUUCAGGACAUCUGUAGGCCAGGGAGGAUCAUCACUGUAGAGGACAGUAGAGAGCCACUCAGUCUACGUAUGUGUUGAAAGUUUGUCUGGAAGAGCCUGACAGGUGUUAGAGUCAGAUGUGCAGCUAUUCAGCAUCAAAGGACAACUUCAAAUAUGUUAAUGUUUCAUUUUCAGAAGCGCUAUGGGGAAAUCAUAUGGUCAAAAGUUUGAGUUUCAAGUUCAUGCUUGAGCCAGUGUUAAUGUAGAAAAUUGAUGCCAUUGAACAAUUUAAUCGUAUGAAACUAUUUGAUACAGAAAAAUCAUGAUUUAAGUGAAAUAUGAGGUUUGUGAGGUUGACCAAUUUAAUAAGAAACUCAAAAGUUAAAUCCAUGGUGCUUUUUGUUUUUCAGAUUUUUUUGUUAGCAUUAGCCAUUCCAUGUUUGUGUUCAUUUUGUUUGCCUCUUCAUGUUGUAAAUCCUUUCAUUCAAUCACCUGCUUAGAAUAUCCAUAAAUUGAUGCUGACAUCUCAGAGAGACAUGUUAUAAAGCAAAAAAAAAUCAGCCCAUGGCAUUACUCAAGUUGUGUCCUUGUUGUAACAAUAAAGACUGGAAUCAAACUCA